GAGAGCUCAAACUUCCUGAAGACACAGAAGUUUCCCGGAGCAUCUCUCUGCCUCUCUCUCUCUGCAGUUUACGGUAGGACCAUUUCUUUCCCCCCGGAUGUCUAAUUUCUAAAAAACAUAGAAUCCGGCGCCAGAUUAAAGUUUGCUGCGCUCAAAAGAACAGGAAGUCCUGUCUGCCCUGAGACUUACGGGAAUGUCUUAACAAGUUUCCAGUUUCCAGCAGUGUUGACAGCAGAGGUAUGAUGGCUUAAGGGAUGGGCGACAGAUUCAAUUCUCGACAUGAGGAUGUUUCCAUUAAACAAAUUAAGACCAGGAGAGCCUGACUACAAUGUGCACAUAGCAGGAGAGAGGCAAUGGGUAGGGCCAUCCUCCUGUUGGCCAGUGCUGUGUCCACUUUGGGAGGCCUGGUCUUUGGUUACGAGUUGGGCAUCAUCUCAGGCGCUUUGCUGCAGCUCAAGGCCGACUUCGGACUGUCAUGCGUCCAGCAGGAGGCUCUGGUCAGCUCCUUGCUGGUCGGGGCUCUGCUGGCCUCUAUAGUGGGCGGCUGCCUGAUCGACCACCAGGGCCGCAGGAAGUCCAUCAUCUUCAGCAACGUCCUGAUCCUGACCGGCAGUCUGAUCCUGCUCAUCAGCUCGUAUUCUGCACUGGUGGUGGGCAGGAUCACGGUGGGGUUCGCCAUGUGUAUAUCCUCCAUGUCCUGCUGCAUCUUUGUGUCCGAGAUGGUUACCCCGGAUCACAGGGGCUUCCUGGUGACUCUGUACGAAGCUGGAGUCACCGUGGGCAUCCUGGCAGCUUACGCCAUGAACUACAUACUGUCUGACAUGACAAGAGGGUGGAAGUGGAUGUUUGGAUUAGCAGUAGUUCCAACUUUUAUUCAGCUGGUUUGUGUCUCGUUUCUACCAUCGAACACUAAGAAAUCUCUAAGCCAAAGAGAGUGCUCGCAAGCGGAAAGAAACCUCAUCGACGACGGCGAAAACCAAGAAUCACCAGAAGACUCAGUAGUCGAAAAGAAGGAUAUUCAGAGCAGCAGCUGGUACUUCUUCCAGCGUGAAGACAACAUGAGGACUCGGACUGUGAUUGGUCUCGGUCUGGUGCUCUUUCAGCAGUUCACCGGCCAACCCAACGUCCUCUUCUACGCCUCCACCAUCUUCCACUCUGUCGGGUUUCACAGCGAUGCCUCUGCGCUGCUGGCCUCCGUGGGGUUGGGGUUGGUCAAAGUGGUCGCCACUCUGACCUCCAUGGUGUUCUCUGACAGGGUGGGCAGGAGGCCUCUGCUCAUCAGCGGAUGCUCUGUGAUGGCGUUGUGCAUGAUAACCAUCGGCCUCCUCAGUGGACAGUCGUCGAUGGAUGCUCAGACGCCGUGUAACUCUACAAACUUCAAUGUUAACAACACGGAUCUGCCUCAUUUGACUGUUUUUAACCAGUCAGUAACCGAAACACCUUUUAAACCAGAGAACCAAAGACUCCUGUAUAACAAAACACAAACUAAGGAUGAGAUACUUGAUCAAUUUGGACAGAAUUCAACGGCCGCGUCUCUGGAAUCGUCGCCCGGCGUCCAUAAUCACAUCGUGAACUGGAUCAUUCUCUUCUGCUUGAUGGCUGUCGUCAGUGCAUACUCCGUUGGAUUUGGACCAAUGACGUGGCUUCUCCUGAGUGAAAUAUUUCCAGCUGCUGUCAGAGGGAGGGCCUUCGCGUUCACAAACUGCUUCAACUGGGCUGCCAACCUGCUGGUCACGUUCACUUUCUUGAAUUUUAUCGAUUGGAUCGGUCUUUCGGGGAUGUUUUUCCUGUACGGCGUAAUCGCUGUCGCAGCCGCAGUCUUCUUCCACUUCAUGCUACCCGAGACCAAAGGCAAGACUCUGGAGGAGAUCGACGAGGAGCUGCGUUCAAACGGGUUUAACCACAAUGAUGAAUGCUGCGUUAUAAGAAACAGAACAGCCAAGUAUCAGAGAGUACAGUUUCAAGUCAGCUCCUCGGGUUGAUUCAUUUAAUAUCACAGUACUGAUAAUAAUAAUCAAUUAGAAAGUCUCAUCCCACAUAGAGGGAUUGACUUCAAGAGAAGAGUCGCUCACUGCAAUCUGAAGUUAAAGUUUACGCCUGAAAGCUGGUUGUAGUCACACUGGAUCAAUGUGAUGUAUUUUUGAGUAACCUUGUAAU